CACCUUCCCUACAUAUAAUUAGAGGUGUUCCUUGGAUUCAAAUCACAGUCAGCUUUAUCUUAUGAGACAUUAUUACAAGCUGGAACUUAACAGAAAUGUUCUGGACUGCCAUUAAACCUACUUGUGCCAACACUUUAGCUACACUACUUAACUUCGAGCCUUCACUGGAAGGUUAGUGCACAUUACAUGUAGUGCAAGUUAAAGUAAAUCAGGCAUAGGAUAUUGGAUAUAAGGGUUUUUUUUUUAAAAAAUUGAGUUUAUACCAUGAAGGGUCUCUGUAAGUGAAUGUGUUUUGAUCAGUGCUGCCUGAACAGAGAAAUUCUGUUGCCAUAGGUUACUAGGUAUGUUAUCUCCUGUACACUAUAUGUGACCUUAGGCAUCCAGGCAUGGGGAGUUGACAGGAGAGUUUUUACAAUGGGAGGUUACAUACAGUUGGUUAUCUGUAUGCAUGAAACUUCAGUAACAUCCAUCUACAUUCUCCUAAGUUUUGUGCCUACCUUCAUUUCUUUUCCAAAUAUAUAAAAGGGAGAAAAGUCUACAAUCUAACAGUUAGGUCUCAGGGUUUGAGAUGCUGUGAAUGUUGUUUUUGUGUUGCAUGUUGUGAAUGUCGAAUGCUUGUUUUGAUACCUGAAAACUUCAUAGAAAGGACAAAAGCAAGUAUAACACUAUUUAGUGAAAAUGUAGUGAUGCCAUACUAAUGAACUUUAAGAUUUAAUAUAGGUAGAGGUGAGGAGGACGAUAGACAAGAUGAAUUAAAUCAUUUGUAGGUUAUAUAGGACAGGAAAUGCUCAGAGAUUAACUCUACACACUCAUUUGAUCAUUGUGGAUGCUGUGGAUAUUACAUGUCAUGGGAAUGGCCUGGCCACUAUAAGUUGGAGAGGUAGUACAACAAAAUUGGUGCUUGAUGAGAAUGAAGGUGCCAUGUUUCUGUUUUGGUAUUUUGAUAAUUGUGGAAAUGUUACAUUAUUACUCCAGGGAAAUCAUUUGAUUAUUUGGUGAUUCCACCACCAAGUGCAAACUGUGUAUGCUGGAAAUGUGAAAAGAGAUGAAGAGAGAAAGAGGAGGGGUAAGUGAUUAAGAGACAGAGAUGCUUUCCAAAGCUGCUUUCUAAAGCAGAAUGUGGAAAAAAAGGGACAACGAGAAACAGGGUCGGAAAGACAGCUGGAUUGAGGGUUGGAUAUUAAUGCUAAUGUAAGUAAUAAUCUCAAUGGAAGCAGGAAGCAUGAAUACAAUCGAUGUCCCACAGGAUAAGAUUGUAAAAAAGGGAUCCAUUAAAAACAAGAUCGAGAAGCUGAGGAGAUGGAGCACCUCCCCAGGUGGGAGCUUCAAACACUCAUCCAAAAUGAAGACCCUCAGCUUGAGGUCACCCACCGAGGCAGAAGAAGACUUAUGUAAUGACGAGAAUGAGCGCAGGAAACUCAGACCUAUGGUGGCGUCUGUUUUUGGUCAGGACAGAGAUCUCAGGCCAGAAGAAAUUGAAGAACUGAAGGAAGCCUUCAAGGAGUUUGACAGGGAUAAGGACGGCUUCAUCAGCUGUAAAGAUCUUGGCGAGUGCAUGAGGACAAUGGGCUACAUGCCUACAGAGAUGGAGCUGAUUGAGCUCAGUCAGCAGAUCUGUGGAGGCCGGGUGGACUUUGAUGACUUUGUGGAACUAAUGGGGCCUAAAAUGUUGGCUGAGACAGCAGAUAUGAUUGGAGUCAAGGAACUGAGAGAUGCUUUUAGAGAGUUUGACUCUAAUGGUGAUGGUCAGAUCAGUCUGGCGGAGUUGAGGGAGGCCAUGAAGAAACUGAUGGGUCAGCAGCUGAACCAAAGAGAGAUUGAUGAGAUCCUGAGAGACGUGGACCUGAAUGGAGAUGGCUUAGUCGAUUUUGAGGAGUUUGUGCGGAUGAUGUCUCGCUAAACCCACAAGUAAAGAAGAAAGACCAAUGAAUCUAUUAAAUCCUGCUAUGAAGAGAGAGAAAUACUACCCAUCUAAAAGAAAAUAACCUAAUGUAGUAUAUCUCAUAAUGCCCUCAUUUUCUAUGUUUUUUUUUUUUAACGUUUAAUGUAAUGAACCUGAAAGAUCUAAUAUCUAAUUUAAGAGUCAGUAGUGGCAAUUUAUAAGAUUAUGUGGUUAUAAACACAUAAUUCUCUAGCAGUGUCAAAGAAUGUAGAAAACUGGCUGGCACAUCACACAUUUCAUCUUUAAUAUAUUUAUUAUGGUGUUAUUGUAUUCAUAUCAGUGAUUGUAAAUAUUUUGUAAUAGUUUUUUUCCAUUUUAUUAGCACUACAUAUUUAUAUAAAUUAUAUAUUUGGGCUUUAAAUGCCGCAAAAUAUACUGCAUAUGUGGAUCUUUUAACUUUCAAAUGAAGUGACUGAUGUCACACAAAGGUCAUAUGGCCAUAAUGAGAGUUACAUAGUACAGUAAGAGGACAGAUGUGAUAUAGCUUUUUCCAGCACAAUCUAAAAACUGUGUAACAACUUCAUUUGGAUAAUCCUGUAUGCUCUUUAUCAGAAUUUACCUUCUCUUUUUGUGAUCUUUCUUGUUCUGGUACAGACCAGGUAAUAUGAUUCAAAUGACUCUUUCUGCUUAUUUAUUUUCUCAGGUCCCUUUUUCUGUAGAACUCCAGGUUAACACCAUCCUAUCUGAUGAUGACUGUAAAAUAAACUAUUUCUGUGCCCUUAGCCUCAUCCAUGACAGAUUAUGUUCAGAUUAAAUAUGAAUGAGAAUAGAUUCAAGAGAAGUGCUGUUUACAUAGAACUUCUAAUGGAGUUCAAAUGCAUAUUUUAUUUAGAAAACAUAAAUACGGGUAUUGAUUAAUAUAAAACGUGACAAUGCUGAUGUUAGCAAACCGGCCCUGCUCUGUUAGUCUGUGUGGCCUACUGUGUCAUGGCUAAGCUGUUGUUGCUCCUGGAUGCUGCCAUUUCACAAUAAUAGCGCUUACAGUUGACCGAGGCAGAUCUAGCAUGGCAGAAAUGUCAUGAAAUUACUUGUGGCAAAAGUGGCAUCCUAUGACAGUGCCACGUUUAAAGUCAAUGAGGUGUUCAGUAUGUUUGUUUCAGUGUACAUAGCCAUGGCGAUUGCAUGGCUAUGUACUUGAUUUUAUGCACCUAUUAGCAUAGGGUGUGGCUGAAACCCGUGACACCUGAUCUGAUCCAGCUCAUGAAGCGCUCAUUAGUUCAUUAACAAGAUGUUGAAUGUUGGAAACAGAGGAAGCCUGAAACUGCGUAGAGCAGCAGGU